AGCGCCCACUUCUCCAGGGCCCAGCUCGGGGGGCAUUCGGCUCCUUUUUCCACUGACCACCCCCCCAAGAAGCGUCCGUCUGAGACCCGCUGCCCGGGCGCCCCCCUCCCCCCGGCUCCUGCAGCGCCUCGGCGGGCGGGCGGGGCGGGCUCCCGCACUCGGCAGGCGAUGGCCGGCAGAGCCACCUCGGCGCCACCGCAGUUGCCCGAGCGCCUGGCGGCCGGGCCGCGGCGGCGCGCGAGGAGCCCGGGAGCGCCGGAGAGGCACCUGCUCGGCAGCGUGCCCGCGGCGCAGACCCUGGCCAGGGUCAUCCGGCCUUGCUACGGCCCCCACGGGCGGCAGAAGCUCCUGGUCACCGCCGGAGGAAGCACGGUGUUCACGGGCUACGCCGCGGCCAUCCUCCGGGCCCUGGAGCUGGAGCACCCGGCCGCGCGGCUCCUGCGCGAAGCGGCCCACGCGCAGGCGGAGGGCCCCGGCGACGGCGCGGCCUUCGUGGUUCUGCUGGCGGAAGCCCUGCUCCGGCAGGCCGAGCACCUGCUGCGCGCCGGCCUGCCCCGCUCCCAGCUGCGCCAGGCCUACGCCGCGGCCACCGCCGAGACCCUGGCCCUGCUGCCCUCCCUGUCCAUCCGCUCCCUGGGGCCCUUGGAAGACCCCUUUUGGGCCCUCUAUUCAGUGAUGAACACCCACGCCGCGCCGCAGAUGGACUACUUGGCCAAGCUGGUGGCCCACGCGUGCUGGGCCACCAAGGAGCUGGACGGCAGCUUCCACCGCGAGCGCGUGGGGGUGUGCACCCUGCGAGGGGGGAGGCUGGAGGACUCGUGCCUGCUCCCGGGGCUGGCCUUGAGCGCGAGCCCCUGCGGGCAGGUGACCACGGUGCUGAGCGGCGCCAGGGUGGCCCUCUUUGCCUGCACCUUUGGUCCUGCCAGCCCACAGGCUCCGGCGACGGCCCGUCUCUCUAGUCCCGAGGACCUCACUAAAUUCAGGAAAGGAAAUGAACAGUUGAUAGACGAGCAAGUAGCCCAGCUGGCAAACGCAUGUAUUAAUGUGGCGGUGGUCUGGGGGGACGUCGAGGAGAAGACGCUGGCACAGGCUGACAACUACGGCAUCAUGGUGAUUCAGGCCAGGGCCCACAGGGAUGUGGUUUACUUGAGCGGGGUGCUGGACACGCCUCUGAUGCCCUACCUUCUUCCUCCCCUGCAGCCGGGAAAGUGCCAGAGGGUGUACGAGCAGGAGCUGGGGGAAGGUCUAGCUGUGGUGUUCGAAUGGGAAUCUUCAGGUACCCCUGCCCUCACCUUGGUCCUCAGGGGGGCCACAGCGGAGGGGCUAAGGAGCGCGGCGCAGGCUGUGUACCACGGCAUCGACGCCUACUCCCAGCUGUGCCAGGACCCCAGACUGCUCCCGGGAGCGGGCGCCACCGAGAUGGCGCUGGCAAAAAUACUCUCAGAAAAAGGAAGCCGACUGGAAGGGCCUAACGGCCCGGCCUUCCUAGCAUUUGCCCAGGCCCUGCGGUCUCUUCCGGAGACCUUGGCCGAGAACGCAGGCUUGCUGGUCUCAGAGGUCAUGGCGGAGCUGAGCUGCGCCCACCAAGCUGGGAACUUCCUGGUAGGCGUGGGGGCUGAGGGGAUAAUAAACGUGGCGGAGGAAGAGGUGUGGGACACCCUAGUAGCCAAAGCCCAAGGACUUCGAGCGGUGGCUGAUGUGGUUCUCCAGCUCGUGAGUGUAGAUGAAAUCGUAGUGGCCAAGAGAAGUCCCGCAAAUCAGCAGGACUUGAAUCCUGUUCCCAAGAAGGCAAGGGAACGGCCGUCUCCCCUGAAAAAGUCAACUCCUCCAAAGGCUUAAGUAGCAACAACCUCAAUAAAAUGCAGAUCGCCAAGGAAGGCACAAUCACCCCAAAAAAGAAUGUUUGCCGUAUUUAUUCCCUCCGUGCUUGGUACUAUCAGAGUCAGUUUCUUUAGAUGAAUGCAGCAGAAAGGACCACAAGAUAAAAACUCUUUUCAUUGAUUUAUUUCCUUUCAGAUUCUUGAUUUUCUCAGUUCCUGUUUCUCUCUUCUCUGUCAUAUUCUGUUCCUCUCUUCCAAGAAGAGCAGGACUCCAUUCUAUUAAAGAUUUUUAAAUUGAGUACGUGGGCUUGGGGGAUGCAAAAAAAAAAAAAAGAGAGAGAGAGAGGAACCUCUUUCUGACUGCUUGAGUUAUCCCCACACGAUAUCCUAAUGUGAAUUUCUGUCCAGGUGUCACGUUGGCAAUCUGAGAACGUCAGUUCCAGCUCACAGGGGCGGCUGCGCACUCCUGUUGUGAUCAGUUGAGCGAAGAAGGGAAUGUUACUUUACGGCAGAGAAGGAAGUGAGGAGGAGGAGGCCCAAGGGAAAUGAGCCGGCAGCAGAAAUAAAAUAAAAAAGUUCUUGGCAUGGGUAACAGAAGAACACACACCUUAGAAGUGCAUGCAGGUGGUUGUGUAGGUGAGGAGAACUGGGGAGCCCCUGGCACCAGGAUAACCCCAGUGGGGCUACGAUUAGGGGUGGAGGCUCCUGGGCGUUGAAGAGGGAGUUCCAGUGCAGCUGGGAGCAGAACAGCACGUUAUUACCCAAGCCUUUUCCACUUUAACCAUCCAAGUUAUUCUGCCUCCGGGAAAAGAGCAGAACCAAGGGACAGAACCUAGACGAUGGGAAGCUGUAAUCUCUUACAAUCAUUUAAAAAAAAAAAAUGCUUUAAGUAUCUAGCAAGAGAACCAGACUCAAGAAAUGAAUGUCUUAUAGUGGACAUAUUAGCUUCAACAAAGCAAAGCAAAUGUGCAAAGAUUUCUUUAAAACCCGGAAGCAGCGAAGUCAUGAAAAGCGGCUGCUGAACACAAGAUGGGAAAUGGGAAUGCAGAGAACCAUGUUCACCACUUCUCCCUUAAGAGAUAUAAAACAUCCUUGGUGUCUCUCGUUUUGUCGCCAUCAUUAUAUUUUAGUGAAUAUAAUUAAGUUCUUUCAUAGUUCCCCCUGCCUUCAAUUUCCGUAUUGUUCUCAUAGUCUCAAAUUCCGUAACAGUGAGGAUGCUAGAAAUAGUUAAAUUUUUAAAGCCGUUCAAACACACUUUAUAUAUACUUCAAACACGCAUAUGCAUUUUAUCUAAUUAAGACAAACAUAUGAGAAAGGAGCUUAUUUAACUUUCAGUUGCAGAAACUUCAGAAAAAAAGUAAUUGACCAAAGCCACACAGUACAUAGAAGAGGAAAAUCCUUCUCUUAUUUGUUGUUUUAUCACCUAAUCUUACAUUCCUCUCUUGGGAUGUUUUCAGAGAUACCACCCCUAUGAUUACAAAGAAAGAAUGUCUCAAAGGGCCUUUUGAAAAUUCACAAUGUGUUUUUUAAAUCAGACAAAAAGCUUUGUUUAUUUUAUAUAAAAGAUGGCCCUUGCUCACAGAGAACAUUUUAAUUAUAUAUCCAAGACAUAUGUAAUCCAAACAAUGUAAGAUCAUGUAUUUUAAAAGUCCUAAGUUUGAUAUACAGGGGAUUUUUCGAUAAUUUAUUUGGAGAGACAUCAUAUUAUAGCAAUAACGUCUCCUUUGCUCCUGGACAGACAUACAGAGACACACACACACACCAUUUGCAUACAUGUAAAUACAAGUUAAAAUGAUCAAGGAUAGUCUUAAAAGGGACAAAGAAAGGGACAGCAGACACAAAUUUAACUGGCAUAUGCUAAGAACUCUGAAGGUAAAAACACCUGGCCCAAACUUGUACCGUGAGGAGACAGAAUUCAGGCAUCUAAUGGGAUGUGCCGGGAAGGGCCCGGAGCUCUGGCUCAGGCCCCUGAACCGCCUUGGUGUUCAUCCAUCCCAAGACCGGCGGGUCAGCUCUUCAAAUUCUGUGAACUGCUGUGUAUCCUUCCAAUGAGUGAGCCAGACUUGCUUUCUCCUUGCUUUCCCCUUCUUGGAGCUGAAAAACCAUUAGCAGUUCUGGAAGGGAAGGAAAGGUCCGUCAUAGGACAGGAAAGGUGACCACAAGGGCAGCUGGUAGACUGGGCUUAGGGAAGAGAGCAGAGUGGGGAAUUCACUAUUAGCUCAAAGUGCUUGGGUAUGGAGCCCCUCUCAGCUUCAGUUGAGGAUGCAUACUUCUCUCCCACCUGCCUCGAGCUCUUGCUACCCAACGUGUGAUCCCUGAACCAGGAAUGGAUCACCAAUGUGGAAGUCCAGCCCUAGCUCCCCACCCAGACCUACUAUGUUCGAAUUUACACCAUAGCAGGAGCCCCAAGGGAUGGGGUGCAUAUUAAAGUUUGGGAAGCGCUGAUUUAAGCAAUAACCCCAUUUAGCUUGAUUAUGCUUUGAGUAUCCUUUUAAUAUCUUAAUAUCGCAAUAUCCUAUCCUCUUAAUAUCUGUUCUGUUUAAGGGUUAAAAUAUAUGACUUGGCAAGUUGUUUCUUUUCUCCUGCUGACUCUGGAGAAGUAUACCAGCAUUAGACCAGUUUUACUGGAUCCUAGUCCUGCUUCCAAGGUUACAAGAUCAAGGGUCUCAAGUUUUCCAAAGGCCAACAGAGUUGGCUACUAUUUGGCCUUCUCAACGCCAGAAGCCGCUGCAUUUCCGAAGCAGCACCUCCUGCAGCACAUUCUUUAUGGAACUCGCCACUGGGGGACUUGCCUGUUCUCCCAUUCCCAAUCCUUUCCAGUUCAGCAACAUUUGCUUCAUGAGACUCUGAGUUGACCUGGCAAACGGAGAGCAAAGAAACAACAUCCAGAGAAAACAGAAAAGGAAAACAAGAACUUCUGAGUCCUGGGGAAUGAGGGAGACAGGUGCCUGGCUUGGGAAGUGGAGGCUAGGCUGCUGAGUCCUGAGAAAUGUUCAUUCACUUGGGCAACUCAAGAGCACAAACCAAGACUGGACCCUACAAAAAUACUGCAGUCCUAACGAAUAAAAGAAAAACAAAAAAAGCCACUGAUUCCAAACUGCAAGAAGAUUUAGAUGACAGGGAAGUGUCAAAAGUUUGUUUUACGUCCUUGUCUGUCUGAACCUCUCCCCAAGAGUUCCUUCUGAAGACAGCCCCUUACGGCAGGAGCUUUACCUUCUUGGCCUACGAGUCUGAGGUCGCUUUAGUGCAGAAGCUGAGAGAGA